UAGAACUUACUUUUACGAACUAAAAAUUGAUGAGUGGUAAUUACGUACAACCUCAUCGGCACCUGGUUUACCCGGUCUGCUGCUGCGGUAUUGCCUAACGAGUAAGCAGCAGAAGUAGAAACGAGAAGGAGAAGUCACGGUGGUUAUUUCCGUGGUUGCAACGGCUGUGGAUGCGACCCCAUCACAUCGCAGCAGAGACUCCCCACCCGAGAAAAAGCGUCCCGUCAUCGCCGCUUUGAGAGCCCAGCUAUGGCGGCCCCGCCGACGCGUCGUGGUACGGCGAGCCAGAGGCGACGGAUUCCGUUCCUCGAGUCACCUCCCCACUGGCCCGUGAGUGUAGAUUACCGGCGCCCUUUUUCGUUAUCUAAUUCGGGCAAAUUUUUGAAAGUCGCCCGAAACAUUGAUCGAAAAGCCUCCACAUCCGGCGCGUCGACUUUUAAUAGAGCGCGCCUUUAAUUAAAUCGGGAUCUUUUUGGCUCGUCUCAGGAAAUCUUCCAAGCGGUAUUUUUUUUUGUUUUUUGUCUCCUGUUGUUUUAAGAAGAGGAACUGGAAGAGCUCCGACUGCAGAGCAUUAAUGGCGAAUGGGUCGAGAGCUGGAAAGCGAGUCCACGCCCUUCGCCGUGCCCCGGACGGAAGCGCCUUUCUCAAAUGCGAACAUUGUCGUGCUUCGGUUGCGGUUGCCCUCUUAGACAUGCACGAAUGCGGGGGUAAUGGCAGGCACAAGAGACGCAAACCCGGGAAGGAAUCGUCAAGCUUUCAAGACCAGCCGAGAUCUCCUUUUUGUUGCUUUAUGGAAAGUUUUAGGAAGAAAUGCAGGGAUCGAACUUUGUUGGAAAUUAAUCGAAUAGGAUUUGACACAUGGAAAAACAUGUCUCCAUAUGAGAGGCAUAAAUAUGUCAUUCAAGCUGAAAAGGUGAAUACAGCUUACCAGAAAAUUUUACUGAAAGAGAGUGAAAAUAUGUCAAAGGUGGAUGAUGAGGCAGAUUCAGCUAUGGUUGGGAAAAUUGAUACGCGUCAUGUUGGCUCAUCUGAUUAUGAAGACUCAUUCGAGAGUUUUGAAAGUCAUGACUGGGAAUUCUCUAGCUCUUGGCUAUGAUAGGCCUCCUUGAAGAUUGAAUAUUGUGGCACCAAGUAUCUUUCUGUUCUUAACACAAUGUUCAGCUCUUGUUUUUGGAAGCAAACUAGAUUAUUGGCUAACUGUUGUUAUUACCACUUUGAAAGGCAAGUCAUUUGGCUAUUGUGUAUAGAUACUACUAGGUGAGGGGAAGAUUUUGUUUUUGCCACUCAUUUCCCUGUUUGAAGGUUUUUUUUCUAAAACAAUUACAAGCAAGUCUGAUUACAUAUGACUGUAUGAAGUUAUUGUUUUCUGAA